GUAGUCAUCACAAGCCUAGUUGACGGAGACGAGGUGGCAUGGGAAAGGAACCCAGUUGGGAAUCCAUCCGAAGAACAUUCAGAAGUGCAGAGAAGGCAAGGGUUUGUGGCGAGGUGCUCAAAGGAUGCACAAAGCAGCGAGCCGAGAAAACGAUAAUCAUCCUUUGUUUUGAUUUCCUUCGCGAAAUGAGAAGCUACGCGCCCCCGUCUCAGAAGAUCGUGGAAAGUGAAUCCAGGAAUCAAACGGUUGGACAUUGUUAAGUAUACUCUUGCGGUUCUCAUGUGCUUCUCCCGUGGCAUGCAGUGCAUCUGAAUUUUUGGAUUUCGUCUCUAUGUGCGCCGACGCUGACUGAAUUACGCCACAGAAGAAAAUCAAAG